GUUGAGCACUGACUGUUAGUCAUUUAAGUUCGUUCGGUUGGUGAACAGCAGAGCGCGCAGCGAGAAAAACUACAACAAUAUUGGCAUUAGUUUCAAAAAACCAAAAAACAACAACAAUAAUACAGAAAUAUUCCCAAAUACGAAAACUGCUCGCAUCGCCAUCGAAAGCUAAGUGCGUCCAAUCACCAUAGCCUAUGUUUGCAUAUUAACAAAAUAGACCAACGAGUUCCACACAACAUACCAAUAUCGUGAACAUAAUGUGCCUAUCGACGCCCACGCCUAGUAAGCCCAACGUCGAGGCCGACGCCGUUGCUGGACAAAGCAACGGUGGCGCCUGCCAUCUGGGCGAGAUGUGCCGCGAUAAUCAAUUAAAAAAUAGGAAAGCCCCAGCCACAGAUGCUAAACAGACCAAAGAGCCCGUGGACGAUUUAGGAUACAACGAGGAGAAUGCUGUAUACAAGGAGAAUGCGGCCAAGCUGAUCGAGGAGCAGCAACGGGAGCAGAAGUCGGAUACAGACGAAGUUGUCUACAAUCCCCAGAUCCGAUGGCCCGAUCUAGGAGCCCAGACGUUUUUACACGCCGGCGCCCUCUAUGGCCUCUACCUGCUCUUUAGCGCCAAGCUCUACACAUUCCUAUGGGUUGUUGGCUGCAUCUGGGUAUCGGGCAUUGGCAUUACGGCGGGUGCGCAUCGUCUCUGGUCACACAAAUCCUACACAGCAUCGUUAUUCCUGCGAGUGUUGUUGGCGUUCAUGUUCUCCAUUGCGGGACAGCGCGAUGCUUACACCUGGGCCUUGGAUCAUAGAAUACAUCACAAGUUUUCGGAGACGGAUGCGGAUCCGCAUAAUGCUAAGCGAGGUUUCUUCUUUGCGCACGUUGGCUGGCUAUUCCUGACUCCACAUCCGAAGGUGAUUGAGAAGCGCAAGGUGAUUGAUAUGUCCGAUCUGGAGGCGGAUGCAGUGGUCAUGUUCCAGCGCAAAUAUUAUAUACCCUUGUUUGCGCUCUGCUCGAUUGUGCUGCCCGUGCUGGUGCCCUGGUACUUCUGGCAGGAGGAUCUCUGGAUGUCCUUCUGGAUCAAUUUUAACAUGCGCUUCACCUGGACCCUGAACGUGGCCUUCUUUGUGAACAGCGUGGCUCACAUGUAUGGCAACAAGCCCUACGACAAAAACAUUACUCCCGUGGAGGCGCCCAUUGUCUCGUUCCUGGCCAUGGGCGAGGGCUGGCACAACUAUCAUCAUGUGUUCCCCUGGGACUAUAAGACGGGCGAGUUCGGCAACUACACCUUGAACGUGACCACGGCUUUUAUUGAUUUCUGUGCUCGCAUCGGCAUAGCCAGUGGUCGCAAAUCGGUUUCUCCGGACAUGGUGAUGCGACGUGCGGCAAAGUGUGGCGACGGCACGCGCUUUCUCAGCGACGAGUACGCCCACAAGAAUCAAGUUUGGGGCUUUGGUGAUCGCGAUCUGCCACGCGAGGAUCUCGCCGAGCUGGCCAAGAUGCAGAAUUGAGGGCGGCCGCACCAAGUGCUGUUGUAGUAUUAGCCCCCAUCCGCCUCGGUUUUGUUGUUAGUACUAAGUUAUUAGCUAAGCGCCUUAAUUGUCAUCAAUACCACAUAUGUACACUAUACUGCUAGCCUUUGUCGUUGCUUGCUUACACUCGAGAAAAUGACAUAAAAAUAUUUCAAGUCUAA